ACUCUAACCUCGGCCCCGCCCACUCCGUUGACACGCGUGUUAUCUGUGCAGCAUGGCUUCGUCUGCGAAAAAGAGAGCCGUGGGCUUGGGUGAAAAUCCUGAGGAUAGUGAUAACAGCUCGGAUGAGAAUGUGGAGGACGAUGACGACUCCAGAGAUGAGGACAGCGAGGAAGAGAUCAAUGAGGAAGUCAUGGUGGACUUUGAAGCCCACACAAUUUCACACAGCGACUUCAAUGGCAUCAAGAAACUCCUGCAACAGCUCUUCCUGAAGGCCCAUGUAAAUACAUCAGAGAUGACGGACAUCAUCAUCCAACAGAAUCAUGUCGGAAGUGUUGUUAAGCAAGCUGAUGUGCCAGAGGACAGUGAUGACGACGACCCGAAUGAAGUGUUUGGGUUCAUCACUAUGCUCAACCUAACGGAGAGAAAGGGUGUGCAGUUUGUGGAGGAGGUGAAGGAGCUGAUCUUGGAUCAGUGUGAGAAGAACUCCACCCACAGCUCAACAGUGCAGCUGGAGCAGAUCCUCGAAGACACCAGCAAGCCUGUGGGUUUCCUGCUGAGUGAGCGCUUCAUCAAUGUACCGCCACAGAUCGCUCUCCCUCUGCACAAACAGCUCCAGGAAGAACUAGCUGAAGCUCAGACGACGAAUAAACCCAGUGGGAGGUGCCACUAUUGUCUAAUGAUCAGCAAGACCUGCAAAGAGGCAACCAAGAGUAUCCCAGCGAGAGGAGGUGCUCCCAAAGAGGAAUACAUCUUUGUUAAUGCAGAGGAGGAAUUCUUCUAUGAGCAAGCCAUCAUGAAGUUCCACUAUUCAGUUCAGGAGGAGGCAGACUCAUGUUUGAGUGGCCGGUGGUCGUUUGACGACGUCCCCAUGAAGCCUUUCAGGACUGUGAUGCUGAUACCCGCAGACAGGAUGCCUGCCAUCAUGGACAAACUCAAAGAAUACCUAACGGUGUGAACUUAACAAUAAACCAAGACACCUAUGAACACA